GUUACAUUUGUGCCAUUAAUAUCUGAAAGGAAAUGCUUUUGACAAAUACUAGUUUUUUUUCUAAUUAUGCCCAGAGAUCAAGGAUCCAGUGACCAAUUUCAUAUUAUUUACUUUAAGACUCAAUAUGAAUAAAAUGCUCUUGCGCUGAAGCUUUCUUUCACCCCCUUCCAGUUCUCUCACGAUCGUGGUACGUUAAUAAAGUCCAUUAAUUCCUGGAAAUGUCUUCUGAUGUUUUCCAAUGUAUCAAAUUCUGCGUGUCAGUCUGUACUGUCAUGGAGCCAACUUCUCUCCUCUGCAUGCAAGGUUUCUCAAGGUUUCAUUCCCUUUCUUCAAGCUUCCCCCCCCCACUCCAAAUAAGGUGAAAUUAUUUACUGAAUGCCAUCCCUACAGGUUUUACACAGGACGCUCAGCUGGACACUGCACGCUGUAUUUGCUGUCUGAUGGAAAAUGAAAUGCCGCACACAGCUGUUGGUGGCUCAUUCUCCUAUUUGCUCAUGUCCCAUUUAUUUUUGGGGAGUGAGAAGCCUUUAAUGUUGGCAGGAGUGUCUUUUUAUUCCUGAAAGAGAUUUGUGGACGAAGCAGUUUGCAAUAAGGAAGUUGACUGUACUUUUCUUCCCCUCCCCAGUGAAGAGAAAGUAAAUUCUUGUUCUACUAGUUUUUGAUGUGGUGUGUGCAGACCUGGAAGCCUGACUUCUCUUCUAAAUAUUAGUGGCUCAGGAUGAUCUGCUGUAUUGUUAACAUUGUAAAGACUUUUUUUUCAUUUGUCCAUCAUGUUAACCCUAAAAAAAGGGGGUGGAGGUGAUAACAUUAUUAUUUGGCUAUUUUCCUGAUCACAGGUGAAAGAAUAUCAGUAUGCUGAUUACAUAACUAAAGUGCUGUUUUUGUUUUCUGACAAAGGUCUCUACUAGCCUCUGCUAUCUUUGAUGCAGCAAUGCUAUUUAGUUGGUGACCGUGCUAUUUUCAGUGGCUCAGUGGUCUGUUAAAAGUGUGGUUGUUCCGCCCAGCAGGAGUCUUGCCUCAGACUGGCCUAAAAUGGGCAGAAAUGGUGCUGAACAAAAGCUGCUUGUCGCUCGUACAAAAGUACUUGAAGCAUUGCAGCCGGGACCAAGCUGCUAUGCUAUUGCCUGUCCCUCUCAACAGGAAAGAGAGAAAACAUGUUCCCAAAGGGCACCAAGCGCAAGUUCUCAGACUCUGGGGAGGAGCCAGUAUCAGGCAGUGACCAAGGUGUAUCUCCUCCAUCCGUAUCAGCUCGGACGCUGUCGUCCUCUUACAGCCUACAGCGGCAGUCGCUGCUCGACAUGUCUCUGAUUAAGUUGCAGCUCUGCCACAUGCUGGUGGAGCCAAACCUGUGCCGCUCGGUGCUCAUUGCUAACACCGUGCGGCAGAUCCAGGAAGAGAUGACCCAGGACGGUACCUGGCAGAUAAUGACUCAGGCCCUCGCUGCCACCCAGUGUCCCACCGACCGACUGGUAGCCACAGAGGUGCUGUGUCGGCAGACGGAUGUGGCGGCUCAAGCUGGACAGAGCCCAAAGCCCUUUUCAGUGGUCGGUCUGGAUGAAGGCUACCACUCGGAAGAGGCAGUGAUGGAGGGAGAUGCAGAGACAGAGGUCACCAUGUCCACUUUGUCUCCUGUCUCCCCUCAGCUGUCGUCAGCUUCUUACCUCACAAGCCCCUUUGGCAUGGGACCAUGCUGGGAAGAGGAGGAGGAGGAAGAUGGCGAGUGUGAAGAAGAUGAAGAGGAGGACAGUGAAGAGUGUGUGUCAGAGGGGGAGGAGGGAGAGCAGGACCAUCUGACUCCAGAAACCAGGACAGGCGAUCAAGUAUUUGGCACUUUUGAAAUCAAGCACCCGUCACCGUCACCUGACCCUGCACUCGAGGAGCUGUUCUCAGAUGUGGACCCAUCCUACUAUGACCUGGAUACGGUGCUGACAGGCAUGCAGAGCGCCCCGAAGAUGGGACCCUACGAUCUGCUGGAAAGCCUGUCCUCUCAUGGGCCAACAGCCCUGAGUUCCAGCACGAGCUGCAGGUCAGACCUGAAUGAACUGGACCACAUCAUGGAAAUUAUAGUGGGAUCCUGAAACGCUGAACAUUCCUCUGGCCUGUACUGAUUCCAUAAACUGUUGCCUGACUAUGCGCAGUACAAUGUGCAUGUUCUGUAUGUGGUAUUGUUACACGUGGAGAUUGUUUCAGACAAGGUGGGAAAUUAGCAGCAAGCCAAAUAAGAGAUCGGCCAGGAGGGGUUAUCUGCUCUAAAUGGCCAGCUGCUGUUGGGACCUCAGUGUUUUAUUCAGAAAUGUAAAUUAGCACAUUUUGGGAUUCAUGAGCCACUGUGGCCUGUUGGCGAUGCAGUUAGUUUCCUACAUUGUUGUUGAAAUAGAAAACUCAACAGUAUCUGUGAGAAGGCAAAGAUAAUUACUUCUACGCGACACUUUCAUUUACAUACUUUCCAUGUUUACGUGUCAUACAUGCGCCAUUUUUGGGAUUCUCUGCCUUUUUGUCCAGUUCUAUGGUAUUCUCCGCCUUUUUGUCCAGUUCUAUUUAUUGUUACAUGGACUGAGAGGAACAAGUCAUCACACUACACACAUCAGAAACCAGAACAAAUUGUAAAUCCAAAUCUAUGAAUCAAUGCAUAUUUUCCUAAAAGAUUUGAACAGUUAUGAAUGGAAUAUAUGUAUAUGUACGUAUGUGUAUAUAGAAAUAUAUUUUUUUGCAUUAUACAGCUGGGGAUUUUGCAAGUAUCAUUUGAUAUUAUUCUUAUUCCCUCCCAAGUGGUUUUUAAGAUUUUAAUGUAGCCAGUUUUGAGACAGUGUCUUCCCGUGGUUUGGUGUAAUAAAUCGACCAUAACUGGUGUCAAGACUGACAUCGUCACACUUAAUAGGCGCUGUUAUUUUGUUUUCUCUGAAGCUUUAUGCAGGGUGUGGAAAUUACUGCCAGAUAACAGAACGCUGGUCAAGGUUUGUCUUAUUUCUGGUAAGUUUACAUGUUCCCUCAGUCAAUUCAGUAGGAAAAUGGGCAUCACCAAAAAACACAAAACAAAAACCUUUGGCUGGUAAAAUGACUGGAGUAACCAGUGUACAAACUGAAAUGAAUUUCCUGCCCUCCUUUACAUACAGCUUCUCUUGGAAGUAUGUACAAAUCCCCGGGUGAUGAUUACAUCAAGAAGCCAUAUUUCUCUCUCAUUUGUACAAACUACAAAUGAAGAAUUCUGUCUUAACCCAUCUAAUUUAUUAUUUUUAUUUAUUGUAUUUAUUAUUAUUUAGGUACAUGCAUCAUAUUUUCAAAUCAAGCAAAAGCCCCAAUGAAAUUAUCCAAAUUAUGCCCUCUGCGUUGAAUGCAAUACCUAUUUAUUUUUUUAUUUUUUGGGUUUUUAUGAUGUUAGUAAUAACCGGGUUACUAUUCAAAUCACUAUGCAGCUCUGUCAUGUUUCAAAAUGAUUGUAUACAACUCAAAUGUCCUUUAAUUCCUUUAUGCAAACAGUUGCCUUUCUCCUAAAGAUGUGGGACGUUAAAUGCAUUUUUCAAAGUUCCUUAUUGUAAUGAAGAGAUUAACUCAGGCAAGCAAAAUGUAUUGACAAAAAUACAGUAUUAUGACACGCUGAAUACCGUACCACAACACUCCUGAAGGAUGUCAUUCUGGUCUGAAUGGGAGCUAGAACUUCAAAGAUGAAUUACUGUUGUAAAAUGUAUGCAUUUUUUAUAUUGAGGAAAAACAGUGUAGCAUCUUUGUAAAUAUUUUUUUAUAAUAAAAGGUGCAACUAUU